AUUAGUAUUUCUUCAUGACUUACUCCACUGUCCAUUCUUUCCUCCCUUUGGAGCCCUAAACUGCAUCCUUCUCCUCUGAUCUUCUUCUUGCUUUAAAGAUCAAACUCGAGCUCCAUGGAAAAAACAAAUCAUCAGAGUAGCAGUAGAGAAACACAUGAUUUUAUGAGUGUAGACUCUUUUUCACAAUUGCCUUUUAUUCGUCCUGCUCCAUCUGUUCCGCUGAAGGGAAAUAAUAAUAAUCCUCCGGUUCGUCUUUUUGGUAUAGAAUUUGGAACUGGAGAUAAAACUACUACUACUCCGAUAACUGAAGAAUCUGACCAUUCAAUUACUGGUGGUAACAGGAGCAUAAUCGUCGACCAUACAAAAGAUAACAACAACAACAACGAAAGCAGCAACAACGCCGACAGUAAUCGUAAGUUCGAAUGCCAUUAUUGUUGCAGGAACUUUCCUACUUCACAAGCUUUGGGAGGCCAUCAGAACGCACAUAAACGUGAACGUCAACAUGCUAAACGUGCACACCUGCAAUCUACCAUGGCGCACAGUAAUGUCAUCCCUGACGGUCAUCUUUACGGCCUCGUAAAUUAUCAUCGGCUUGGUCAUAACUCCACCACAAUCCCAGCUUACCCUUCUUGGAAUUACAGUACCAUCACAAACAACGACCAUAACAAUAGCAACACCAAUAAUAAGUUUUAUGGGUUUUCCUCGUCUUCUUCCUCUCAUCAUCAUCAUCAGAGCAGUACAAGUAGACCUAUUAAUGGAAGUCCAUUAGCUCUAUAUAGAACCCAGGCAGCUCAUCAUAACAAUGAUCAAGUUUUUAAUAGAGAUCGUUCUUCUUCUUCUUCCUCUUCCUCCAUGCUUAAUCCUUUGCCGUUAUUUGCCAGUGAUCAUCAUGAUUUGAGAUCGACGGUUCAUUUAAACGGGUCUAGCUUGCCAAAUCGACAUUACGAAUCCAAGAACAACAUACAUGAGCACGUGAGUUUGGAUCUUCGUUUGUAAUUUGCUUAAUUAAUUAGCUAUCAAUCAUCAUAUAUAGUUAUAUAUAAAUAUAUAUUAUUUUAUUAGUUCCUCAAUCAAAAACAAAAAAAAAGUUAGUAAUUUUGUUUGAUUACUGGUCUCAUAUCAUGAGGUAAUUCUAAUUAAGGAUAAACCUUGGUUUGUUAAUUUAUUCGGAGAGAUCAACGGAGUACUUACUCUCUCUUCAUCGUUAAAUUUAAUUUAGUCUGAAUUAACAUAAUAAAUAAAUGAGAUAUUUCUUCUUCUUACGUA